CUGCGGCCGGGACGUCUGGCGGCGGCGGCGGCGCGGGGGCCGCCCCACUGCGGGCCGCCGCUGAAAUGAGCGCAGUGUCCCAGCCCCCGGCUGCGCACAGCGCCCCGGAGAAGCCGGCCAGCACGGCGAUCCUGUGCAGCACGUGUGGGAAUGUGUGCAGGGGUGAGGUGCUGCGGGUGCAGAACAGGUACUUCCACAUCAAGUGCUUCGUCUGCAAGGCGUGUGGCUGUGACCUUGCCGAGGGUGGCUUCUUCGUGCGCCAGGGCGAGUACAUCUGCACGCUGGACUACCAGCGCCUGUACGGCACCCGCUGCUUCUGCUGCGACCAGUUCAUCGAGGGAGAGGUGGUGUCGGCGCUGGGCAGGACCUACCACCCCGACUGCUUCGUCUGCGCCGUCUGCCGGCUGCCCUUCCCCCCGGGGGACCGCGUGACCUUCAACGGCAAGGAAUGCGUGUGCCAGCAGUGCUCCCUGCCCUCGUCUGGGAGCGGCGGCCUGCACCCCGCCCAGGGCCUGCGCAGUUGUGGGGGCUGCGGGGCCGAGAUCAAAAAUGGCCAGGCCCUGGUGGCUUUGGACAAGCACUGGCACCUGAGCUGCUUCAAGUGCAAGGCCUGCGGGAAGCUGCUGACCGCCGAGUACAUCAGCAAGGACGGGCUGCCCUACUGCGAGGCUGACUACCACAGCGAGUUCGGCAUCCGCUGUGACGGCUGUGAGAAGUACAUCACGGGCCGCGUGCUGGAGGCGGGGGAGAAGCACUACCACCCGUCGUGCGCGCUAUGCGGCCGGUGCGGCCAGAUGUUCGCCGAGGGCGAGGAGAUGUACCUGCAAGGCUCCUCCGUGUGGCACCCGGCGUGCCGACAGGCGACCAGGACUGAAGACAGGAACAAGGAAACCAGGACUUCGUCGGAGAGCAUCAUUUCUGUUCCUGCUUCCAGCACCUCCGGGUCCCCGAGCCGCGUGAUUUAUGCAAAGCUCGGCGAUGAGAUCCUGGAGUACAGGGACCUGGCCGCUCUGCCCAAAAGCAAGGCCAUCUACAACAUCGACCGGCCCGACAUGAUCUCCUACUCGCCCUACGUCAGCCACUCCUCGGCCGACAGGCAGAGCUACAGCGAGUCGCCCCAGCUGCUGUCGCCCACGCCGCCCGAGGGGGACCAGGAUGACCGGUCCUAUAAGCAGUGCCGGACCUCCAGCCCGAGCUCCACCGGCUCGGUCAGCCUCGGGCGCUACACCCCGACGUCGCGGUCGCCCCAGCACUACAGCCGUCCAGCUGGUACUGUGAGUGUCGGUACCAGUAGCUGCCUCUCCCUGUCCCAACACCCAAGCCCUACAUCUGUGUUCAGACAUCAUCACUUCCCUUACUUCCGAGGCAGUGAAAGUGGCCGGAGCACCCCCAGCCUCUCGGUGCUGUCCGACAGCAGGCCUCCCUCCUCCACCUACCAGCAGGCGCCUCGCCACUUCCACGUCCCAGACACUGGCAUGAGAGAUAACAUCUAUAGGAAGCCCCCUAUCUACAAGCAGCAUGCCUCGAGGCGACUGGACGGGGAGGACGCGAGUUUCGAGCAGGACAGCAGGAAGAAGACCAGCUGGCUGCUGCUCAAGGGCGAGCCGGACACCAGGACCAACUCCCCGGACCUGGACAGCCAGUCACUGUCCCAGAGCAGCGGCCCCGACCGAGACCCCGCCCACAGGGUGCCUGGGGACAGCGAGUUCUCGCGUUUCCACUAUUCCAAGUCUGACUCCAUCCCAGGAUAUGGCAAGAAUGGCUUGGACCACCAGAACGCCAACCUGGCCCCUUGUGGAGCAGACCUGGAUGCCAGCUGGGGCACGCGAGGUGUACCCUUACAACGCCCUCAUCGUCACAAACCAGAUCCGCGUGAAGCUGCCCAAGGAUGUGGACCGGACGAGGCUGGAGAGACACCUGUCGGCCCAGGAGUUCCAGGAAGUGUUUGGGAUGAGCGUGGAGGAGUUCGACCGCCUGGCGCUCUGGAAGAGGAACGACCUCAAAAAGAAGGCCCUGCUGUUCUGAGCGCCCCGCGCCUCACCACGCAUGCGCCGGAGCGGAGCCGGGCCCCUCCCCCUGCACCUCGCUCUGGCUUCGCUGUGUCAGUGGGCUGGGCUGGGAGGACGGGGUGGGGGGCGCCCCGCAGGUGCAGCCCCUGUUUCUGCAGUGACGCUCCAGCCGUAGCUUAGGGCCGCCACGCCGCGCUUGCCACCACCCCGUCCCCGCAGCAGAUCACCUAGGAGGAGGGGCAGAACCUGCCCGGGGGUCCUCAGAGCGCCUGGCCCCGUGUCCCGCCCCUGCAGGGACAUGAGCGGCCUGCAAUUGUGCGUGGGCAGCCGCCUGCGGCGGUGCCAGCUGUGGGCGACCCCCACCCUGGGCCCCCACCCUGCGUCCUCCCUCCGAAUGCCCCUAGUUGCCUAAAUGCUGUCUUUACAGAACCACAGAGGCUUUAUUUUGUUAAGAAGCGUAGCGUGAACGGGAGAGGACAUUUAUAAGGGUCUAGUUUUACGCCCGGCGAAGGGGCGCGCAGCCUUACCCUCCCCGUGCCCACCCGUGCGCUCCCGGUUCUUGGAGGGGCCCUGGCAGACAGGCCUCCGUGUCCAUCGUCUUCCCCAUGCGUCGCGCAGCUCCCCUGACCCAGACCCCGCUAUCUUCCUCGCCAUGAUGCUUGGAGAGAGCAGAUUUCCACGCACCUGGCCCGGUGUCCAGUGUCGUGCCAGGUCUUCCAGAUGUAGCCGGGGGCGUCCCUCCCGCCACGUCCCCGGAACAGUCGAGCACCGCUGGGCCGGGGACGCGGGUGUCCAGGCUGUGGCCAGGCAUGGGUUGGAGCACGGUGCCAUCACGGGCUACCGCUGAGGGGCCCGGGAGGCGGGUGAACCCCCAAGCGUGCGUCCUGGCUGUCCCCGCCCUCGAGGGGACCUCCCCCAGAGUCCUCACCGUAAGGCACCUCACCAUAAGGAGUAGAGCAGCGGGGAGAACCCGGAAGGCGUCUGACCCCAGCGAGGCCGAGAAAAUAAAAGGCGAUG